AAAGAAAAGUUAUAGAGCAUUAAAUCUCCUUCAACUUCCAUGGCGAACUCAGUGGUUCUGGUUUCAUUGGUGGCUUUUGGUCUUCUUAUGUUAACUUCAACCAUGACUCGAGUUGAAGCUGCCCACAGGGCCUUUUUCGUAUUUGGCGAUUCUCUUGUCGAUAAUGGCAACAACAAUUACUUAGCAACCACUGCUCGAGCCGAUUCGCCUCCCUACGGCAUCGACACUCCUAGCCGUCGUCCCACCGGCCGCUUCUCCAACGGAAAAAACAUCCCUGACUUCAUCAGUAAUGCACUUGGUUCGGAGCCAACAUUGCCAUACUUGAGUCCUCAACUCACCGGAGAAAAACUGCUUGUGGGUGCCAACUUUGCUUCAGCUGGCAUUGGAAUCCUCAAUGACACCGGCAUUCAAUUUAUCAACAUUAUAAGAAUGUUCCGGCAAUUACAAUACUUCGAAGAGUAUCAGAGACGGUUGGCUGACCUUGUCGGAAUCGACGAGGCACAGCGGAUUGUAAGCGAUGCUCUUGUUCUCAUCACUGUCGGCGGUAAUGAUUUCGUCAACAACUAUUUCUUGGUUCCCUUCUCUGCAAGAUCCCGACAAUUCCAGCUACCGGAUUACGUUAGAUAUCUCAUCUCCGAGUACAGAAAAAUUCUUAUGAGAUUACAUGAUCUAGGAGCUCAAAGGGUUCUAGUAACCGGGACCGGACCAUUGGGGUGUGUUCCGGCGGAGUUAGCGAUGAGGAGCCCGAAUGGUCAAUGCGCCGCUGAGCUGCAGCAAGCGGCUUCCUUGUUUAACCCACAACUGGUAGAGAUGAUAAAUGGACUCAACAGCGACUAUGGUGCAAAUAUCUUCAUUUCUGCUAAUACUCAGCAACAAACCAAUGAUUUCAUUAGCAACCCUGGAGCCUAUGGAUUUACAACAUCGAAGAUAGCGUGUUGUGGACAAGGACCUUAUAACGGUUUGGGGUUAUGUACUAUAAUAUCAAAUUUAUGUCCCAACCGAGACGAGUACGUGUUUUGGGAUCCAUUCCAUCCUUCCGAAAGGGCUAAUGGCAUUAUCGUGGACAUGAUCUUGCGUGGUUCCACCAAUUACAUGUCUCCCAUGAAUCUCUCCACCCUCUUGGCUCUCCACACCAACACCAAUACUUGACUUUAACAACACUUUGAUACGAGGAUGAUAAUAGUCGGUCGUCUUUAUAAAAGUUUUAAAUUAUCAUAUAUUUUAGUAAUUUUUAUUUG